GUCAUAACAUGGUAUCUGAGCCUUCUCAUAUGGGCUCAUGGUCUUCUCUAUCUAUGACAAUGGCUCGGUGACAAUCGAUCGGUCUUUAUCACCGAGGUUUUGACCUAACAGAGGAUGAUCUCAUCGAUAAAUUUGCCUUGCCAUUCUUACCCUGCGUUGUACCAAAUUUGCAGUUGCUUCUGAGGCUGCUGCUUCAUAGAGAGUGGUUGUUGUUCGUCUCUUGAGCAGCGGAUCUAAGCUUAACGUAGAGAGGGAGUUGUCAUCCCUAGCUGGUGGUCAUGUACCAAGGAAGCAGCAGUUUGCUUGUUGCAAGCCACGGAGUUGAGUCUCUGUUGUUUGCAAGCAGUUUCCCAAGGGCAUUUACCAACUGUUCCAAACGCCCAAUUUGGUCUCUUGUUUGCUUGUUUGCCCCAAGAGAGCAAUUUGCCUGAUACGAUUUGCCCGAAGAGAGAAAUUUACUUGGUAUGAUUUGCCCCCAGGUAGUAUUUUGCUCUGCAAGCUCCACUGUGAACACUUGCCGUCCAAAAUUUGCAUGCCCAUUGAUACAUGGUUUGCAAGAGAGGGUUUUCUUUAUCUCUCGAUAUAUCUUCUACCAAGUUGUCUUAUUUGGUUUUCGUUGAUAUUCUCUCACUCUCUACUCUCUUUCUCUUUAGGUACUAAAAUCACUAGCACAUUUGACAUCUAGCAGCAAUGGUGUCUUUUUGUUUACAGAUAUGUUGCAAACUCUUACCUCUUUCUUUGUUUCUCUCUCUAGAAGAUUACGUGUUUUGUUGUUGUUUUUUUUCUUUUUACACAUCUAGCACGAGUUUGUGCACGUUUUGUGUGCAGUCGGUGAUUGCAGGUUUGUACACGAGUCUGUGCAAGUUUGAUUGAUUGGCCGCUGCAUUCAUGCACGAGUCUGUGCAAGUUUUUGCGCUAGUUCUUAGUACACGAGCAAGAUUUUGAUUGUUGGUUUUGUGCAUAAGUAAGUUUUAGCUCCUUCAAAUGGCAAACAAUGGAGACAAAGAUGCAAUUGAUACAUCGAACGAGAUUAUCACAGUUUCUUCACCAUUCUAUUAUGCCAUUCAGACAAUCCAAGUAUUAUUUUGGUUACGAACCCUUUAGUUGGUGAUAAUUAUUCUACUUGGAGAUGAGCUAUUUGGAAAGCCUUAAGUGCAAAAAAUAAAUUAUUGAUGGAACGAUCUCUGAACCUAACAUUGGCUCCACCAAGUAUAGACUAUGGCAACAAUGCAAUGAUAUGAUUCAUCUUUGGAUCGUGAAUACACUUUCAAAACCUCUUUCGAACAGUGUGAUUUACAUUAAAGUGACAAGAGGCGUAUCACUAGACCUGGAGCAAAGGCUUUCUCAAAGCCAUGCACCUUGAAAGUUUGAACUCAAAAGAUGCAUAGCUACAUUGCAACAGGAGCAACAUCCACUUGUCGAAUAUUACUCCACACUUAAAACUUAUUGGGAUAGCCUAUACCACUGAACCCAAUAACGUAAAUGAGGAAGACGAGAAGCUAUAUCAAUUUCUAAUGGGGCUUCAUGAGUCCUUUACGGCCAUCUGGAGCCAAAUUCUUGCUAUGGAAUUGUUGCCAACGGUUGGUAAAGCCUACUCAAUUCUUAGUCAAGCAAAGAAGAGACGAUUUUUACAAAUGAUUCCCAACACCCCAGAUGUGGCAACUCUUGCAGUUGGUCACCCCUUGGGUUCACAAGAUACAAGAGGAGUCGAAGUUAAAAUCAAAGAAAAAUGUGAACAUUGUGGAGCGAUCGGCCACAAUAAGGCACAUUAUUUUGAACUCAUCGAAUACCCACCCAAUUGGAACAGGCAGAAACAAUUCAUGCAGAGGCAAGGAGCGAACACUUAUGCUAGGUCACGACCCGCACAAGUCCAUGGAAAUGCAUCUAGCGCGGUGCUUAGUGUUGCCGCAACAACUUGUUCUCGUUUCCAAGGACUUACCGCUGCACAAUAUAAACAACUGUUAAGCCUACCUUCAGUUGAUUCUUCUUCCACCUCUACCAACCUCGCAGGAUAACUAUGGAUUCAUUUUGAGUGCUAGUCAAGAUCAACCUUGG